AUGUAUCGCUACUUUACGAAAUUCAGAACCUAUAAAUACAUCGACAAAUUACAAGAUUUCGUCAAUUCGUAUAACGCCACACCUCACAGUUCUCUAAAUGGGUUAGCCCCCAAAGACCUCGACGACGACAACAAAGUGGACGUAUUUGCACAUCAAUACUUGAAAACACCAACAAAUCACACCCCUAAAAAGCGCAAGAAAGCACGUCCCGUGUUCAGAUUCAAGAUUGGGAGUCUCGUUCGCGUGUCUCACAAUAAAGAACUUUUCAGACGUGCUUAUCAACAGCAAUGGUCAUCGGAAAUCUUUAAGGUUAACAAAAGGGUUUUUAGACAAAACAUACCCCAAUACCAAUUGAUUGAUUUCUUAAACGAACCCAUCAAGGGUAAUUUCUAUCAAUCCGAACUGCAAAGAGUCGAUAAAGACGAAGAUGCCUUGUGGUUCAUAGAGAAAAAGAUAAAAAAGCGUAAGAGGGGAGGUCAGGUCGAAUGGUUCGUCCAAUUCGAAGGGUGGCCUGCUAAAUAUAAUCAGUGGAUCCCCGAAAAAGAGAUCAAAGACGUUUCGAACGAGCAACAUGUCACACUACGUGGUGAUCAGGAGCGAUAA